UUAGAAAUCCAUACAAGUCAAUUGCCAUGGCUUAUCAUAAACAACUAAAUUACAGGUUUCAUUACUAAAUAUAAAUCAGUUUAAAUCUUUGUAUUGUCACCUGUAAGUCAUCAUCUUGAACAAAAAAAAUCUGAAACCUCUUUCUUGCAAAAAAAAAAAAUGAUGAACUCAGAAGAAGAUGUGGUUAGUUUCAUCACCGUGCUUGGCCUUGCCGUUUUCAUUGGUCUCUGCUUCUUGCUGAUUGUUCUUAUAGCAACCUCAGCGAUCAUCCUUGUAAUCUACGUCAUCAUCGACUGUAUCCUCAGACCAUUCUUAGGAACAUGUCUCGACCUAGAUCUCGAGAUCGGAGUCCAAAGAGGCCAACAACGUGCUAGAAUCGUUACGUACCAUGCGAUCAUCCCGACCGAUCUACACUUACCAUAUUCCGAGAGACAAGAAAAAAGAAAACGAGGGUUGAAACAAAGCGAGAUUGAAACCCUACUCCCGAAAUGGCGUGUUGGACAAGGUAACAAUCACGAGGAGGACGAAGAGAGGUCGAGAGAUUGCGCCAUUUGUCUCAGUGGUUAUGUUGUUAAUGAAGAAUGCAGAGUGUUCCCGGUUUGCAGACAUAUGUAUCAUGCGGCUUGUAUUGAUGCUUGGCUCAAGAAUCAUCUCACUUGUCCUACCUGCCGUAAUGAUUUGCCAGAUUCAUGAC